AGCCUAGAGUGAGCUGACGUUGUUUCCGCCUUCAGUGAGUCCAAGAGUGAGAGAGAUCCGCUUGGGCUAACAGAGUUCAUGAUUGCCCCGGUGUCAUAAAUUGUGCAGACGACGCGGAGGGUGCGGGAAGGCUGCGCACCAUGCGCUGUCAGUCCUGUCAAAACACCGAUGCGGAGAGCACGCGCAGGCUCCGUUUCCGAGGCGUGUCGAUGAGCUGACUGUUAAAAUGCGCUCCAAUCCGCUCAGGCAAUUAGCGCGUCCUCUUAGAUAACGUUCCUCAACGCCUUAUGCCUCGUCCCAUUCGGGAAAGAGUAACUGGUUCCAGACCGGACUGGUGCACUUGUUGGGAAGCGAAGAAAGACAGAGCACGGUCAGUCAUGGAAGAUCCGCACGAUCCCUCCAGUCGGGACGCGAGUGAAGCGGACAGUGCGUCUCUGUCCCUGAGCCUGGGCUCUCCACCGCCGCCUCUGCUGCAGCCUGCACUUCAUCCAGCUCACAGGACCACUAACUUUUUCAUUGAUGACAUACUCCGGCCUGACUUUGGCUGUAAGAAGGAUCCGGGAACAGGAGCCAGGGAGCGGCCUAAUGACUGUGACAGGGGCGGGCAGGACAGGCCCGCGCCGCCCGGGACUCCAUGCCCAGACUCCACCGACAGCGUUUGCUCUUGCACUUCCUCCUCGGUCUCGUCACCAUCAAGCCAGAGAGAGUGCAGAGCGGACAAACCGAGUCGAGCUAAAAUGCCAGAGCAUGGCAGAGAAUCAGCGCAAGGCGCAGAGCUCAGCAGCGGAGAGGCGGCGGGCGGGAAGGAGCAUCCCGGGCUUCUGUGGCCCGCCUGGGUUUACUGCACCAGAUACUCAGACCGGCCUUCAUCCGGCCCAAGGACCCGCAGACUGAAGAGGAAGAAGAGCCAGGCGGAGAAUAAGCGGCCCCGGACUGCGUUCACGGCGGAGCAGCUGCAGCGGCUGAAGGCGGAGUUCCAGCUGAACCGCUACAUCACCGAGCAGCGGCGGCAGACCCUCGCGCACGAGCUCAACCUCAACGAGUCGCAGAUCAAAAUCUGGUUUCAGAACAAACGCGCCAAGAUCAAAAAAGCCAGCGGCUAUAAAAACUCCCUGGCGCUGCAUCUGAUGGCGCAGGGACUGUACAACCACUCCACCACCACCAUCCAAGACGACAGUAACUGAAGGACAGAGGGAGGCAUGAAGCUGGACUAACACUAACACCUGACUGAACCGCAGGACUGCGUUUACACUCCUGAUUAAAAAGUGCGGAAACGCUGGACAUCGAUGUGUCUGAACAGAAGUUUGAAAAACUCCUAUUAAAUAACCACUAAUUAGUAUCAUCAUAACAUACACCUGUAACAUAUACUGUAGGGCCCACAUCUAUAUUUUUCGAUCAUGGGGCUAUGUCUAUGUGUGUUUUUAUGUCUAUCGUUAUGUCAAAAUCAAUUACAUUUUUAAAUUCCAUCUCAGAUUCCACUGCAAAUAUCUCAGCCUCAUGCCAAAGAUUUUACCAGAUGGAAAGACUGUAGGCUGCUUGUGAUACAGCCUGAAAGGUGCAGGGCAGAGGAUUAGACUCCUUUGGGGAAAAUGAAAUGGAAGAUUGCUGCUUCUGUACAGUCUAUAGACAGGACAGUGGACAUCAGUGUGGGACUUAAGUAACCUGACUAUCAGAAUACCACUUAUAGCCUUCUACCUGAGAUAUUCAGACCUGUUCUGUCCAAAUAAACACUUUUAUAUACGAGAUAUAUAUAUUUUUUUUUUCCUUUUUGUUCUAUGGUAGUAAAUGCUGUGUGUUGAGGGUGUGUGAAUAGGCUAACAUGCUUCAUUCUUGGAGCUUUUCCUAAUUCCAGUUCGUGUCUUCUCAAGCAUAAAUUACUCAGAGCAGACUUAGGCCUAUCUGUACACCCGACAGUCGCCAGUAAUAUCAUUAUACUAUGCAUACAGUAUAUCAGUUUGUGUUACACUGCAGAUUAAAGUGGCAUUUAAGCUGUCGUUUUGUUGUUCAGGCUGCGCUGCUGUAUUUUGCAAUAGUAAUUAAUUUAAGAGAGAUUUUUUUAAAAAUGGCAUCUGAAAGCUCUCAUUAAAUGCUAAAGUUAUUAUGCAGUUAAAGUAUCUCUUCCCUGCGUCAUGACAGGCAUGAAACACUAACUCGUGCCACUUUAGUUCCAAAUAUUUGCAGUGAAAAGUAUUUUACAUAGAAGAUGUUAUUAUUAAAAAUAAUCGUACAAUUAU